AUGCAGUACUCUAAGGUUAUACUGUGUGUUGGGUUCCUCGCUGUUGGAAUCCACCUUGCCCUAGCAGGCUAUGGUGGACAAACUUGCACCAUACCCACGUCAGGUAACCCUGGGGCCACGACUGUUUGUACGGGAACUGCAAACGGAUUCUGUUUGAUUGAUACAUUCACCACUGCGGGUACCCCCUCUCUCACUUCCGCCACUACUACUGGAAAAUGUAUCUGUUACUAUGGAUACAGUGGUGCAGCUUGUGGAACUGUUGAUCCUACAGCUACAACAACAUCUUCGACCUCUUCAAGCGGUACUGGUAACGCCAUUGCAGCACUGGGACUAGGACUUGCUGCAGCCUGGGCACUCAGUCAGGGGCUCGGAGCAGGUGCUGGGGCAGGUGCAGGAAUCCACCUUGCUCUGGCAGCUUAUGGAGGGCAAACUUGCACCAUACCCACGUCAGGUAACCCAGGGGCCACUACUGUGUGUACAGGGACUGCAAAUGGCUAUUGUUUGAUAGACACUUUUACCACCGCGGGUAGCCCAUCUCUCACUUCCGCCACUGUAACUGGAAAAUGCAUCUGUUAUUAUGGAUACAGUGGGGCAGCUUGUGGAACUGUUGACCCUACUGCUUCGACCUCGUCCUCAAGCCCCACAAGCAAAAGCGCUGCCAACACCAUCGCAACACUAGGACUUCUAGGCGCUGGUGCUUGGGCUCUUUCACAGGGACUCAGUUCCGGUGGAUCACAGAAUGCACUUGGCCUUCGUCAUGCCUUAGCAGGUUAUGGUGGACAAACUUGCACCAUACCCACGUCCGGUAACCCCGGGGCCACUACUGUUUGUACGGGGACUGCAAACGGAUUCUGUCUGAUUGAUACAUUCACCACUGCAGGUACCCCUAGUCUCAAUUCCAUCUCUACCACUGGCAGAUGUGUCUGUUAUCAGGGAUACAGUGGGGCAGCCUGUGGAACUGUUGAUCCUACAACCUCUUCAACCAAUACCAAUGCUAUUAAUGCCAUUGGAGCUUUGGCAGUAGGAGGCGUCGGUGCUUAUGUACUUGCUAAUGGACUUGGGUCGGGUGGAUCGCAAGGCCCACUAGGCAUAGAGGCAGGAUCUCCACAGGCUGUACAGGAGGCCUUGUAUAUACAGCAGGCCUUUGGUGGACCAGGCAGUGGCCUAGGGGGUUUAGGUGGAGUCGGGCAGCAGGGCUAUGGUGGAUUGGGCACAGGAGUAGGAAAUUCGCAAAUGGCGAAGUACUAUAGGGUUCUCUUGUGUCUGGGAGUUCUAGUUGUCGGUCUUCGCCAGACCCUUGCAGCUUAUGGCGGACAAAGCUGCACCAUACCUACAUCUGGUAACCCCGGAGCCACCACCGUUUGUACGGGGACUGCGAAUGGCUUCUGCUUGAUUGAUACAUUCGAGGCCACGGGUAGCCCAGUCACUACGAUCGCCACUACAGGAAAAUGUGUCUGUUACUAUGGAUAUAGUGGAGCCGCCUGUGGAACUGUUGAUCCAGUGUCUACCUCAAGUUCGACUACCUCAACCUCAUCUGCCAGUAACGCCAUUGCAGCGCUUGGACUAGGACUUGCUGCAGCCUGGGCACUCAGUCAGGGGCUCGGGGCAGGUGCAUCACAGAAUGCACUUGGCCUUGGAUCUGGAUCUCCUCAAAGUUUACAAGAGGCAUUAUAUAUUCGACAAGCCCUGGGCGGAGCUGGAUAA